CGCCUCUGCCAUUGCAUCCGACGUCCGAUAGCUCGCACCGUUUCCUCAAUGGAUUUCACUGAAGUGUACAAACACUCUGGCGCCAACGUGUCUUUCAGUCAUGGAUCCCACCUCAUACUUACCGCUGUCCAUGAUCGACUCGUACUCCGACGCGCGGACACUUUCCAGAUCAUGCGAACAUGGCGGAUCGACGCGUCCCCAACUCCAACCCACCUCCUGACCGCUGCAGUCAGGCCAAAGAACAGCUCACAGGAGCACCUCAUAUCUCACAUCGGAUGGUCGUGUGAUUCUGAAUACGUGCUGGCGGCUUCCGCGAAACUGGGAGCCGUUCAGAUCUUCAAAGUACAAGAUCCUGAGUGGUCGGCGCGGAUCGAAUGCGGUGCUGAAGGUGCGCAGAUAUUUAUAGGACGGCACAGUGGACGGCAUUGAGAACAGCAUGGAGGCCUUGUCAAGGCACAAUGGGCUCCCGAUGGCCGCACGGUGCUGUGCUUCUCUCAAUGGGGGGUGAGUUCGCAUUGACUCCGCGCGACAGGAGUUGUGAUGUUCGUCUCUAGCUCAGAGUGACUGUGUGGUCCUUAGUGUCGGGGACCGCAAUAUACAUCCAAUUCCCGCUCCAUCCAGACACGGGCUACGCGUUCAGAGCUGAUGGUCGAUACUUCGUGCUGGCGGAGAGGCACAAAUCAAGAGACACGAUAGGCGUCUAUGAUACAGAGCAGGAGUAUAAGCUCGUCCGCGUUAGUCCGAUCUGUCUACCUUCCACCAGGUAUGCAUUGAGUCUUGUGCAGCAUUUCCCGUCGCCGACGUCCUCACUGGCGGCGCUAGCAUUGUCUCCUAAGGGGGACCAUCUCGCCGUCUGGGAAGGUCCAACGGAGUACAAGCUGUGCGUUUUGUCGUUGACAGGAUCUGUGCUGGGCACGUUUUGCCCAGAGCCCGAUCCUGGAUUGGGGAUUCGCCGGGUUGCCUGGCACCCGAGUGGCAUGUUUCUUGCAGUCAGCGGCUGGGACGACAAGAUUCACAUCUUGGACCUCACUUGGACUGCUGCAGUGACCUUUGAACUCUUGUCCAGAGUGCCUGCUGGUGUUACUAUCUGGCGAGAACCAUCUAGGUGGCAAGAAGCAACAGAGGGACGGGGAUUCUUGUCCUACGAACGUUUGACUGGCUCUCACUCCAUCGUCGUUCAGAAACCCGAUUCCACAAAGCCCAAUCCUAAGAGCGGCACUGUGCAAAUGGAAUGGAAUGCCAGCGGGACACUUCUGCUCGUCCGCUUCGAAAGUUCGCCUACUGUUGUCCAUUUAUUCGAUUUUCCGGCGUCGGGUACUCCAAGAUUACGGUCGGUGCUUAUCCACACUAGACCCGUCGCACAUGCGCGGUGGAAUCCCGCGAGAAAGGGAAUCUGGUCUUGUGCUGUGGUAGUCGCAGUCUUUAUUCCUGGAGCGAUGAGUGGCAGGGCCAACACGGGGAGGAAGAGAUGGCAGAGUGCAUAGGGGUCCCCGCCAAGAGCUUCGAGACUCGCGAUUUGAGAUGGACUCUGGACGGAAAGGGUGUGGUACUGCUAGAUAAAGAAGUGUUCUGUUGUGCUUUCGAGGUCGACGAGCCAGAUCCAUGACACCUGACCGCUGAGCUCAUCUUCUUUACGAUCCCCCCGAUGUACUUGCGUGUGUGCUACAUUUGUCACGAUUUCGGCCCAUGUCGGCCAUCAGUCAGCCAACAUACGCGUCAAUUUCAUCUUGCUUCAUCCCUCAUCUUGCAUGCUUUCUCGGUCACUCAGGGCAGCGCGCGCUGUUCGCAGACCUAUAAGGCUCACUGCUUCAUAUUCGUCCCAGCAUCGUUCCACUCCGCCCAAGAACGAACGCACGGAGCCGAAGGAGGAGCAGGAGCAGGACUUGCCGAAAGACCUCGAGGGUUUCUUCAAGCAGCAGCGGCCUUCACCAUCAUCCAAAGGCAAUUCUUCCAAUCCAGAUUCGAAGAACCGAAACUCUCGUUCUCCCCCUCCCCCUCCUCCCCCUAAUAACAACUUCAAUUUUUCCAACACCCAGCUCGCAUGGCUAGCCAGCGCUUCUAUCGCCUACUUCAUCUAUUCGAGCUCUAACUCGUCCUCGUCCCGCGAAAUCACCUGGCAGGAAUUCCGUGCGGCAUUUUUAGAGAAAGGAUUGGUGGACAAGCUGGUCGUCGUCAAUGGGCACAAGGUCCGGGUCAAGCUCCAUUCCAAUGCGACAGGGACCAUGUACCCGACCAAUGCCAAUUUCGGCGCGGCAGACUACUUUUUCUCGAUCGGAAGCAUAGAGGCUUUCGAGCGAAGGCUGGACGAGGCCCAAGCCGAACUGGGGAUUCCGAGUCACGAACGUAUCCCGGUCGCUUACCACGACGAAAUCUCGGCGUGGCAAGCAGCCUUCGACUUCGCCCCGACUAUCCUCACGAUUGGUUUCCUUGUAUGGCUCUCGCGUCGGGGUAGCGGAAGCAGCGGUGGAGGCAUCUUCAGCAUUGGAAAAAGCCGGGCCAAGCUCUACAACAAGGACACCGACGUCAAUGUCAAGUUCAGGGACGUUGCCGGAAUGGACGAGGCCAAAGAGGAGAUCAUGGAGUUUGUCAAGUUCUUGAAGGAGCCCGCCAAGUACGAGAAAUUGGGUGCCAAGAUCCCGCGUGGCGCCAUUCUGUCUGGUCCUCCGGGAACAGGAAAAACGCUCCUCGCAAAGGCAACUGCGGGUGAGGCGUCCGUUCCGUUCCUGUCCGUCUCCGGAUCCGAGUUCGUCGAGAUGUUCGUCGGUGUCGGUUCAUCCCGUGUACGAGACCUCUUCGCCGAUGCUAAGAAACAUGCCCCUUGCAUCAUCUUCGUAGACGAAAUCGACGCUAUCGGCAAGUCUCGUUCCAAAGGUGGCAAUUUCGGUGGCAACGACGAGCGAGAGUCGACGCUGAAUCAGCUGCUUGUGGAGAUGGAUGGCUUCGGAACUCAGGAGCACGUAGUUGUUCUCGCUGGAACUAAUCGACCGGAUAUCCUCGACCCGGCACUACUGCGACCCGGUCGUUUCGACAGACAUAUCGCCAUCGACAGACCGGAUGUCUCGGGCCGUAAGGGUAUCUACAUGGUGCACCUUCGCCCCUUGCGCUUGCACGAGGCCCUCUCAGACAAGGAUGGCUUUGCGCAGAAACUUGCUGUUCUGACGCCGGGUUUCUCUGGAGCAGACAUCGCCAAUGUCUGUAACGAGGCUGCUCUGCAUGCUGCGCGGAAAGGGUCCGAGUACGUCGAGUCUGUGGACUUCGACACGGCCAUCGAACGCGUUAUCGUCGGGUUGGAGCGCAAGAGCCGUGUGCUUAGUCCUGAGGAGAAGAAGACGGUGGCCUACCAUGAGGCUGGGCACGCCGUCUGCGGAUGGUUCCUUGAGCAUGCCGACCCCUUGCUGAAGGUCAGCAUCAUCCCUCGAGGCACGGGCGCUCUCGGAUACGCGCAGUAUCUGCCUGCGGAGCGCUACCUGAUGUCGACCCCUCAGAUGACUGACCGCAUCUGCAUGACUUUGGGAGGCCGUGUUUCCGAAGAGAUCUUCUUUGGAACGGAAAACAUCACUUCCGGCGCGCAGGAUGAUUUGCAGAAGAUCACCCGCAUGGCCUUUGAAGCGUGUGCCAACUACGGCAUGAACGAAGUCAUUGGUCCAAUCAGCUACGGCGGUGCCCAUAGGUCGAACGACACAUUCACCAAGCCAUUCAGCGAGAAGACCGCUGAGAUGCUCGACGCUGAAGUGCGGAAGAUGAUAACGAUUGCUUAUGACCGAACACGGAACCUACUGACUGAACAUCGGGAGGAUGUCAUCAAGGUGGCGCAACUGCUUUUGGAGAAGGAGAACAUCACUCGCGAGGAUAUGCUCAAUUUAUUAGGCAAACGUCCCUUCGAUCGCGCUGAUGACAUGGAUAAAUGGUUGGAUGAGCAUCGCAAUGGUCAGAAGUCGGCGCCUCCUCCUCUAGAACCCAGAGAUCCAUCUGAGAUCGAGGUUGACGGCCCGGCUCCAGUCGCGGCUGCGACGAAGGUAGAUGUACUUCGGUUUUGAACUCCGUAGAUCGCUUUCGAUGCAAUCUUGUAUCAUUGUGUAUAACUAAUUAAGCCAAUCCCAUAUCGUCAGAAGUACAUGACCUGAAAGCGGCGCAUCAGACAUUUCCAACUCAUCUUUCUCUGCCAUCAUGUCCCUCGAGCCUGGAUAUGGCCACAUACAGAUCGACCUUCACGGGCAGGAAGCUGUAUUCACUAAGAUGUCCUCGACAUAUCCCCUCAAACUCUUAUCGCCACGCCUGUCCCACAUUCCCGCCGUCGGAUUGGUCUACAUGCUCAGUUACGGCGGUGGACUGGUGAGUGGAGAUCGCGUAAAUUUGCAAGUCCGGAUCGGAGCUGGCGCGCGCGGUGUGUUGCUGUCACAGG